CACGUCCGCGCCCCCGUCAAGCGAGCGAAGCUGCUGACUGCCUAACCAGUGUACAAUGAAAGCCCUGUCAAAAUUCACUGCAACAGGCUCAGUCUUCACAACAGAAAACUAACUAGCCAACAGCGAGGCUUUUAAGUUCCCCAUAGUAUUAGUCGCCGCUUUGAUUGAAAUAAAAUCGCUGGCGAACGCCGGUGCCAAGGGUGUUUCCCGCUGACAGGGGAGGAAGCACAGCAGGUGCACGCGCGCAGCCAGGCGACCAGCGCUGGGUGUGUCCGGAAUGGCGGGCGGACGGAGGGGAGCCAAUCGCACCUCUUACUGCCGCUCUCCCUUGAGCAGCGAACCGGGCUCGGUCGGCAACGGCAACCACUCCACCAGCUCCCCGGUGACGGGGGUGCGGUCCCGGACCAGGAGCGGGUCCGGCACGGGGAUCUCCAGCCCCCCCUUGGCGGCGCAGACGGUGGUCCCGCUCAAGCACUGCAAGAUCCCCGACCUCUCCAUGGACCGGAACGUUCUGUUCGAGCUCCACCUCUUCUUCUGCCAGCUCAUCGCGCUCUUCGUCCAUUACGUCAACAUCUACAAGACCGUCUGGUGGUACCCUCCCUCCCACCCGCCCUCGCACACGUCUCUGAAUUUUCACCUCAUUGACUAUAACAUGCUGGUGUUCACCAUCAUUGUGCUGGCUCGCAGGCUGAUUGCCGCAAUAGUGAAAGAGGCGUCUCAGAGCGGGAAGCUCUCGUUCCCGCACUCCAUCUUCCUGGUGACGGCGCGCUUCGCUGUGCUCACGCUGACGGGCUGGAGCCUGUGCAGAUCGCUCAUUCACCUCUUCAGGACGUACUCCGUCCUCAAUCUGCUCUUCCUGUGCUACCCGUUCGGCAUGUACAUCCCCUUCUUCCGGCUGAACUGCGACUUCCGGCGCGCGGGGACCCUGUCGCCCAUCACCAGCAUCGGGUCGAAGGAGGUGGGGGGCGUGGCCGGGGGGCGGGACUACCUGACGGUGCUGAAGGAGACGUGGAAGCAGCACACCAGCCAGCUGUACGGCGUGCAGGUCAUGCCCACCCACGCCUGCUGCCUCUCCCCCGACCUCAUCCGCAAGGAGGUGGAGUACCUGAAGAUGGACUUCAACUGGAGGAUGAAGGAGGUGCUGGUCAGCUCCAUGCUCAGCGCGUACUACGUUGCCUUUGUGCCCGUCUGGUUCGUCAAGAGCACGCAGUACGUGGACCGGCGCUGGUCCUGUGAGCUCUUCAUCCUGGUUUCGGUCAGCACCUCCGUCACGCUCAUGAGGCACCUGCUGCCCCCCCGGUACUGCGACCUGCUCCACAAGGCCGCCGCCCACCUGGGCUGCUGGCAGAAAGUGGACCCCUCCCUCUGCUCCAACGUCCUCCAGCACAUAUGGACAGAGGAGUACAUGUGGCCUCAGGGGGUCCUGGUGAAGCACAACAAGAACGUGUUCAAAGCCAUGGGCCACUACAACGUAGCAGUGCCUUCGGACAUCUCCCAUUACCGAUUCUACUUUUUCUUCAACAAGCCGCUGCGAAUAUUAAACAUCCUCAUAAUUCUGGAGGGAGCGAUGAUAUUCUACCAGCUGUACUCCCUGAUGUGCUCGGAGAAGUGGCAUCAGACCAUAUCCCUGGCAUUAAUUCUGUUCAGCAACUACUACGCCUUUUUCAAACUGCUUCGGGACAGAAUAGUUCUGGGGAAGGCCUACUCGUACAUGAACAGUUCGGCCGACCAGAAGAUAAGUUAACUCUCCCUUGUUCGGCCUUUUGGGGAAAAUGAGAAAUGCGCAUGAGAGCUUUGUAUUUUUUCUACAGUUGGAUUUUUUUUUUUGUGUUGUUGAUGUUUUUUUUUGUUCUGAUCUGCCAUAAAUAAAGAAGAAGCAUAUUUUUGUAUUCCCUUAA